ACAAACCCCGGGGGAGUGGAGUCGUUGAGCUGGGAGAAAUCUUUGGGCUGCUGCCACGUUUCAGUCAAACAGAAAAAAUCAAACUUACGGUCGGUGAGGAGGUCUUGAACGAGAUGUCCCUUGCUCGUAAGCGAGCGGAUGUUAAGCAGACCGAAGUUGACACAGGUGCUAUCAGAUUUGGCGAAAGUGUUAGCCGACCUGGCCAGGCUGGCUAAUACACUGUGGUUAACAGCCCGGUCAGAGUUCAGUGGAGAACAACGAGAAGUGGACCAGAAAGAUUGUAUUGGCUUGUCGUUGUCAUAAUGAAAGUUCCGGCGAGAGCCCCGAUGAAUAUACUUUCGGCGAGGGAAAAUUGCGAUGUCCGUGUAAGGAUGAAGCACAGCCGGCGGUAGAGCAGCCAGGUGAAAGCGAAGUCGGAGGAGCGCAUCAGCUGUAUACUGGUAAAGGCCAAAACCAGGUCGAUGGACCAACGACAUGAGAGUCCAGGCAAACACGAACAGUACACAGGUCCUACCAGACAACAUCACAGGGGAAGACGCCGGAAUGGCUGUUGUGUUAUGUUAUAAAGAGCAUAUAUAGAAGAAUAUAUACUCAUAUUUACUAAAACAGAUGUUUAUAAUAUUAUAAUAUUACAGUUAGAAGAUACAUUAAGGUUCCUCUCAUCAGUCUGCUUGGAUUGACUGUGGUUUCAAGAAGAACCUUAUUAGUAAGGCUGAUGUUGACCAGUGCUUGGUCUGUGGACAGGCAUUGAUGGGAGACUGGAACCUGCUUGGAAGGCUAUUGGAGAGCGCCCAGGCACACUCCACCGUGGUGGGCAAGGUCUGGCUCACCGUGCUCUUCAUCUUUCGCAUCCUGAUCCUGGGAACCGCGGCUGAGAGGGUGUGGGGAGAUGAGCAGUCAGGCUUCAGCUGCGACACCAAACAGCCUGGCUGCCAAAAUGUCUGCUACGAUUACACCUUCCCCAUCUCUCACGUCCGCUUCUGGGUGCUCCAGAUCAUCUUCGUUUCCACGCCGACACUCAUCUACUUGGGCCACAUCCUGCAUCUGAUGCGCGUGGAGGAGAAGAAAAGGCGAAAGCAGGAGCAGAGGUUUCAUGAGGGUGACAAGCAGCCUUUACUGCUGGAGGAAAAGACAAAGGUGGUUGUCGUCCGCAAUGAACUUGGCGAGAUCCGCCUGCAAGGGAGUAUCUUGCGCACAUACGUUUUCAACAUUAUCUUCAAGACCAUCUUCGAGGUUGGAUUCAUUGUGGGCCAAUAUCUCCUCUAUGACUUCAAACUCAAGCCUGUCUACGUUUGCAAAGAGGCCCCAUGCCCCCAGCCAGUAAACUGCUACAUCUCACGGCCCACCGAGAAGACCAUCUUCAUCCAAUUCAUGCUGGUGGUGGCCUGCAUCUCACUGCUGCUGAACCUCAUGGAGAUAUUUCACUUGUGCGUCACCAAGUGCGGGCACAGACAGAAGCACAGAACAGCUCAGCCUGAAGUCAACCCUGUAUCUAAAUCCCAAGAAAAAAUUGACGUACCAUUUCUGCCCAGUUAUAACGAAUACCCUGAGUAUCAGUCUGUGCAGCAAUUACGUAAAUGCACUACUAGCUGUUCCCCUCUGCCCGAGGCAGGAUCCAUUUCUCAUUCGUAUAGCAGCAAAAUAGCAAACCAGCAAAACAGGGACAAUUUAGCAAUGGAGUGGGAUCACAAUCAUGAGGCAAAUAACUUAAUAAGUAAUUCAAGGUCAGCGUCAGAUUUCACAAUAGAGAAUCAGCGAACAUCCUGCCAAUCCAACAAGCAAAGCAACAAUAAGACCAAACAAGACCUGAAGAUCUGAUGUUUUGUCAUGUGUAGUUAUCUGAAAGCUACAACCAGUUUCUUUGAGCAUAACAGACAAGUCAGUUAAUGCUGGAGACUGUGCUGAUAUUUUUAGAGGAAACUGCCAUUUUCAAAACACAGGGAAGAUUGUUUCUCAAACCCUUCAUAAAUAAUGUGUUGUUGUCCAUCUUCAAAGCUCCAUCGUUAAUUAACGUGCUUCCCAACCCACACGUUAAUCAAAACAUGCUGCAUAAGUCUUGUCCUGCUCUACUCCUAGUGUUGGAUACCAUUCAACCUAAUGUCAUUAAUACUAAUUGUAAUAAACUGGUAUUUAACAGACCUAAAACAUUAAAACAUAUUUCUCUCAAAUA